GUUACGUCACUUGAAGCGCCCUGGCUGCUGGUAGCUCUGGUAAAGAGAGGGAGCAAACGACAGAAGUCCUGUAAAACAGGGCUUUCCCCGCGGUUAUCAGCUCUCAAAGUGAUAACGGCCCGUCUACAACAAUAGAUACAGGCACGGCCAUCUCACCAAACCGGACGAACCUCUUGUGGAAGAAGGAAUAUAACAUGACCAGAUUAAACGGAUAAAACCAGCCACUCUUCAACACCCAGAAUCAUAUGGUGAAAAUGAAACAUCUGCAUCUUUGAAUGCUUAAAAUUAGCCAAAAGUAGAUCACAGACCCUUCAAGAUUUACAGAAAUCAUCUAAUUAGUCCAUAUCAUCCUUUUCUCUUCACUCUUGCCCUUCUCCAGUCAAAACCGCAAUGUACGGUAGUGCCCGAUCCGUGGGCAAAGUGGAGGGCAACCACAGUGGUGGGAGCAAUCAGAGUCCCGGCCGCUCGCCCCAUCUCCCUCGCUCGCCCCGUCUGGGCCACAGUCGCACCAACAGCACAGGGGGCAGUGGAGCCGGCGCGGGAGGUCCAGGUGGUAAAACCCUUUCCAUGGAGAACAUCCAGUCUUUCAACGCUGCCUAUGCCACAUCUGGUCCCAUGUACCUGAGUGACAACGAGGUGAUGGCGUCUGGCCCGGACCUGCCGAAGAGCACCAUGACGCUGGGCCGCUCGGGAGGACGGGUGCCUUACGGCGUCCGCACGACCGUCAUGGGAUCCAGCCCGAAUAUCUCCACCGGGGCUCCCAGCUCCAUUUCCACCGAUGCUAUCGCUUUCGGAGACCAACAUAUGCCUUCCACCCUUGCGUCCACUGUGCCUCAUUCACUGCGCCAGGCGCGGGACAACACCAUCAUGGACCUGCAGGCCCAGCUCAAGGAGGUGCUUAGGGAGAACGAGCUUCUGCGGAAGGAGGUGGAUGUGAAGGAGAGCAAACUCAGCUCUUCCAUGAACUCCAUUAAGACCUUCUGGAGCCCUGAGCUGAAAAAAGAGCGUGCCCUGCGCAAGGACGAGGUGUCGAAGAUCACUGUGUGGAAAGAGCAUUACAGAGUCAUCCAGGAGGAGAACCAGCAUAUCCAGAUGACCAUCCAGGCCCUCCAGGACGAGCUGCGGAUUCAGAGAGAUCUGAACCAGCUGUUCCAGCAGGACUCCAGCGUUCGUCCUGGCGAGCCCCUGACCGCAGAGCUGACUGAGGAGAACUUCCAGCGGCUGCACGGUGAGCAUGAGCGGCAGGCCAAGGAACUCUUCCUCCUGAGGAAGACUCUGGAGGAGAUGGAGCUGCGAAUCGACACGCAGAAACAGACACUGUGCGCCCGAGACGAGUCCAUCAAGAAGCUCCUGGAGAUGCUGCAGAGCAAAGGGCUGUCGGCCAAGGCCAACGAGGAGGACCACGAGCGGACACGGAGGCUGGCCGAUGCCGAGAUGCAUAUCCAUCACCUGGAAAGCCUUUUGGAGCAGAGAGAGAAGGAAAUGGUCUUGCUGAGGGAGGAUCUCCACCGACGAUUUGAGGGAGCUCCAGAAUCUGCCAAAACCAAGGCCCUGCAGACUGUCAUUGAGAUGAAGGAUUCUAAGAUCAGUUCUCUGGAGCGCAGUCUGAGGGACCUGGAGGACGAGAUACAGAUGCUCAAGUCAAACGGGGCUCUCAGCACAGAGGACAGAGAGGAGGAGAUGAAACAAAUGGAGGUCUACCGCAGUCACUCCAAGUUCAUGAAGAAUAAGGUAGAGCAACUGAAGGACGAACUGGCACAGAGCGAAGCUCAGGGCGAGGAGCUGAAAAAGCAGGCGGCUGAGCUGCAGCAAGAAAUCUCUGCCAUUGACCAGGUGAAGCAGGAUCUCUCCAGGAAGGACACUGAGCUCUUGGGCCUGCAGACUAAACUGGAGACGCUCACCAAUCAGUUUUCUGACAGCAAACAGCACAUUGAUGUACUCAAAGAGUCUCUGUUUGCCAAGGAACAGCGUGCUGCCAUCUUGCAGACUGAGGUCGAUGCUCUGCGUUUACGUCUGGAGGAGAAGGAGGCUACGCUUAAUAAAAAGAGCAAGCAGAUUCAGGAAAUGUCAGAGGAGAAGGGCACACUGAAUGGAGAAAUUCACGACCUCAAAGACAUGCUUGACGUCAAGGAACGCAAGGUCAACGUGCUGCAGAAGAAGAUUGAGAACCUGCAGGAGCAGCUGAAGGAUAAGGAGAAGCAGAUGACCAGCCUGAAGGAGCGUGUCAAAUCCCUGCAGGCAGACACUUCAAACACGGACACGGCCCUCACCACGCUGGAGGAGGCCCUGGCUGAGAAGGAGCGUAUUAUCGAGCGUCUUAAGGAACAGAGGGAUAGAGACGAGAGAGAGAAGAGCGAAGAACUGGACAGCAGCAAGAAAGAGCUCAAAGAGCUGAAAGAGAAAGUCAACUUACUGCAGGGAGAGCUGUCCGAUCGCGAGGCCUCUCUAUUGGACCUGAAGGAGCACGCCUCGUCCCUGGCCUCCUCUGGACUGAAGAAGGACUCCAAGCUGAAGAGUCUCGAAAUCGCUCUUGAGCAGAAGAAAGAGGAAUGCACCAAACUUGAUAGUCAACUCAAGAAGGCUCAGUCUGUUGCGGUUGAGGCUCAGGCAAAUACAGGACUGUCGGAGCGCAUUGCUACACUCGAGCAGGAGGUGGCGCGUUACAAGGAGGAUGCUGGGAAGGCACAGGCCGAGGUGGACCGGCUCCUGGAAAUCCUCCGAGAGAUGGAGAAUGAGAAGAACGACAAGGAUCGCAAGAUCAGCGAGCUGGAGAGGCAAAUGAAAGACCAAAGCAAGAAGUUUGCCAACCUGAAGCACAAAGAGCAGGUGGAGAAGAACAAGAACGCUCAGUUGAUGGAAGAGGCUCGUAAGCGAGAGGAUAACAUCAGCGAGAGUUCUCAACAUAUCAAGGAUUCUCUGCAGCAGAAGGACGAGCGCAUCGAGGAGCUGGAGGAGGCCUUGCGUGAGAGCGUUCAGAUCACGGCUGAGAGAGAAAUGGUGUUGGCACAAGAGGAAUCUGCUCGUGCAAACGCUGAGAAACAGAUGGAGGAGCUGUUGGCCGCCAUGGGAAAGGUGAAGCAAGAGUUGGAGUCCAUGAAGGCCAAGCUGUCGUCCACACAGCAGUCCCUGGCAGAGAAGGAGGCUCACCUGACCACACUGAGGGCAGAGCGCAGAAAGCACCUGGAGGAAGUGCUAGAAAUGAAGCAGGAGGCGCUGUUGGCAGCCAUCAGUGAGAAGGACGCCAACAUCGCUCUUCUAGAGCUGUCGUCCUCAAAAAAGAAGACGACUCAAGAUGAAGUGGCUCUGCUGAAGAGGGAGAAAGACCGGUUGGUACAUCAGCUCAAACAGCAGACACAGAACCGCAUGAAGUUAAUGGCUGAUAACUAUGAGGAUGACCACCUCAAGGCCUCCAAUUCUGACCAGACCAAUCACAAACCCUCUCCAGAUCAGAUUAUCCCCCCACUCAUAGACCUCAAUCAGAACCGCAGUAAGCUGAAACUGUACAUCGGCCACCUCACAGCCCUGUGCCACGAGAGAGACCCCCACAUCCUGCAGGACCUGGCCCCGCCCUCCGCAUACCACCGCAGCCAACAGGACGCCUGGGAGGAGGAGCUUCAGAAGAUGAGCCCCAAACAGCUGGAAUCCGAGCUGGAGCAGUGUGAACGAGAGAGUGCCGAACUGCAGGAAUACGCAAACUCCGUCCUGCAACAGAUUGCCGAUCACUGUCCGGACAUCCUGGAGCAGGUGGUCAACGCUCUGGAGGAGUCCUGCUGACCAGACCAGAUCAGGGAGCCGAGGCCUGCCUCCUCCUUCUCUUCCUGCUUCUCCUUCCCUUUCUUCUGUGUUUCACUUGAUUUCACAGGAUGCCAGCCCACAAACUCGCUCACCCUCACCCACAUGCACAAAUCAAAGGACAGACACAUAUACGGGAAAGACUGACAGCUCACAAGUCAAGUGCACGCUUGGAUUGGCUUCGGGGUGUGGGAAUGAUGGGCUUUCCUUCUGCCAUCCCCUACCACCACAUUCAUCCUCUCCGCACCUUAAGAAUCCUGUUUACGCUCACAUAAAAAUGGGGAGGAAGAAACCGAAAGGGGGAAAUGGGCAGGAUGGAAGCUUAGUAUUAUAAGUCAUGUUCACUCGUUUAGUUCUCUGUCUUGGAAACCCAUCCUGCAGGAGGUGAAGUUCUCUCUGUGAGGGUCAGGAAAUAGUAUCCUUAUCUUGAUAUAUACUAUUGCCACAGCUUUUAAAAGCUGCAGGAUUUUGAAACCGUUUUGAAGCAAUUUAGAUUCGCCCCCCUCCUCCUCUCCCUUUUUUCUAGAUGCUUUGUUACUGAUAUUAAAUUAUGGGUCAUUUGCGCAGGGCAAAACUCCUGCACUCUCGAACCAUCUGGUUUCACUCAAAAUUUGGUUAAUGCUCCGGUUGUGCCAGCAGACAGUCCAUGCGGACUUAAACAUACUUUUACUAUCGUAGUCAGUAGCGGGUUUAGAUUACUGCAACCCCCACCAUCUGGGAAUUUACUAUUGACUCGGUUACUGGCCGAUUUCCUCCCGAAGUCUCGUUCAUAAAAGUUCAGAAACUGACAAUAUGGGUAAUGUUAUCCCGCAUGCACCUGUCACCAGCUAAAGAAACCACAGACCUGGUUUAUAUCUGUUAAAGAGAGGAAGAAAAUUAUUUGCCUUGGAAGUUGUAGGUUUAUUGCUGCUAACGUUUGUCUUUGCAUGUGGCAGGUUUGGUUCUGUUAUGUUUUUCUUUUUUCUCGUGGCCGGCUCUCUGAAGCCGAGGGCGGUAAAACAGAGGGUGUAUUGCCAACACAGAUGUUGUGGACGCAGAAGUGCCUCAUCAUCAGAGAGCAGCUGCCACACAUCACUGGAAUAGGAAAAUAGGCACCUAUCACUCAUUCCGUACUUUGAAAACUAUGUGGUCUCACACUGGGAUGAAGACUGGCAGUAGUUUCUCAGUUUGCUCAAUUUUCUAAAGCAAAGAGUUGGAGACUACGGGGUUUUUCUUGACGGAUAAGGUCAAAUAAGAGUAGCUGUUUAGAUACCCUCCUCUUUUAUUCCACUCUCUCUUUUUUGGAACAGUUGGAAGUUGUUUUUUGCGGUUGCUUUGUGAGAUAUCAUCAAGCUUUGAUCACAAGAAUCUCACAUGUACCAUCAUGCACCUCUCUUUCUCUUUGCUUGGCUUCAUAUCAUCAUCCUCAGACCCGGGCGUCUCUGUUAGCACAGCCGGCAGGUGUAUCCUCUUUCACUUUAUGGUUAUAUGGGUCUAUAUCCGAUGGCAUUUGGUGUCCGUUUCUGGACCGGCCACAGGAGUGAUAAGACACAACCUCAUUCAACUCGUGAUAAACGUGUUUGCUUCAUAAGACAGAUCGGCCAUUGCUUUAAAGUCCAGAGUCGACUUCCCCUGUGGAUGACACUGGGCGUAACGUGCCCUCUGCUCUUCUCUCUCUAUAUCUCCUCAUCCCUCCCUCAUUCAUGCCUGUGUGUAGUUUAUGGCUCUGACCUGCUGUGCUGUGUUAGUCAUACUCCUCUCUGCACGAUAAGCCCCACAGACAAGACAAACAGCACGAGAUCACAGCGAAUAUAAUCAUCUCUCUCUCUCCCUCUCGCACGCUCCCGUAUCACCAUACCACCUCUCCUCAUGCUCAUACACACCAGUUAUGAGGGAACCUGCCACGUGUUGUUGGGCUAGACCUCUGAGUCGUACUGCUAGUCACUAAUCUAGUAGCUGUAACUAGAACUAGUAUAUUGUUCUCUAGAGAUUCAUGUUUGUUUGUCUCUGUGAAAGAUUUACACUAAAAGAUAAUUUAAAUAGUUGGGCGAAUCUCAUAAAAACAUGUCCUGGUCACAUUUUUUCCUCAAAAUGGUAAGGAAAAAAUAAUAAGAAAUUAUAUGUUGCAUAAAAGGGAAGGAAACUAAAUUGCACUAUUUUCAUAAAAAAAGGACACAUUUUCACUCAGAAUUUUAAGGCGCCUAAAUUAAGUUUUAUUAUUAUUAUUAUUAUUGUAAUUCACAUUAUCCUUAAUGCCUUAAUGGUAUUAAUGUAUUACUGUAUUACAGUUUUAAAAAAUCCUCCGAAAAUCCAAAAUAAUAGUUAAAUAAGUGUAAAACAUUUUAUUUAAAUAUGCAUGAGAAUUGGUGGAAAAUAUCCUUAAUUGUCAUGAAACAUAGACAAAAUGUCUGUUUGUUUUCUUAAAGCAAGAUAUAAUUUUCUAUUACUAUGUACUUAAGGUGUUUUGUGAGAUUCACCCUAAUGCAUUUCGAAUUAACUAAAGCUAAGUGUGGCCACUUCAACAACAUAUUCCCACGCUUACAUGGGCAAUGCCAAGAAAACGCCAGUUCGCGUGCCAUUCUCACCCUUGGCACGACAGAUCUUAUUGCAGUCAUAUACGUUGCAUAGCUGUAAAAUGUUUUAUGGUUUUAUGCUCUUAAUUACAGCUGAUAGACUUCCUUAUGAGGACAUAAAUGUGACUAGCAGCUCUGAUGGGUUUUUAAAAUCAAACAGCUGAUUGAUGACGCCGUCCUGUUUUUCAUCUCUGUCGCUUUCUUCCCGUCUGCUAUCUCAUUCACGCACAAACACAGUUUUGGCCAUUACCCAUGGGUCUCUGAAAUAUGGGGCUCAGUUAUCUACACCGUGGCUGAAUCUCCCUGCUUAGACUAAACACAGACCCCUCGCACGCGCGCACACACACACACACACACACACACACACACUAUCAGGCCCUCGUGUGAUUUAUGUCCUUCAGUACAGGAGCUGGCCUCUUACCACCGCUCAGCACAGAGCACUCCGGAGAAUUCACUAAGAAAACAAAAAGAAAGAACGCUGUGAUAACUGGGAGCAGAUCAGAGAAAGAAUGACCCGGCGCUUUGCAGAGGGUGUUAUUGUGUGUUGAGUGAGUGUCUCUCUUGAGCUCUGGUAUUUAUGUGAUUGCUAGCUAUAGACAGACCUAAUCACACAGAAGAGUAUGGAAAUUCGCUGCAGGCUUUGGAUCGCUCCGUAUGUUCAGAGGCUCCCUGUCUCUGUGAGUCCUCCUUGUGUUUUUGAGGAAUUGAGAUCUACACCAGCCAGCGCUCUCUGUUCAGUAGCUCAUUACCAAAACUACCAAUAUUCAGAAGCACUUUGUAUGAAGCCUGUGUCUAUCACAGUGUUUUGAAUGCAAAUUAAUUCACAAUACCUUAUAAUACUUGCUUAGUCGUGUUUACACCUUUAACCACUAUAAUGCAUUAUAAAACAUAACAUGAAUUUGGUGUUCAUGUGUUGUUUUUUAAGGGUGUAACCAUUAGAUAAGUAUUAUAGUGUAUUAAAAUUAGUCAUAGUUAUUCAUAAGAACAUUAAAAUUAUAAUAAGUUGUAUUAUUAAGUCAUUAUGAAUGCAUUGUAUAGGCUAAAUUGAGCCACUCUUUGAUCUCAGUGUUGGAGAGUGGCCCAAUUCUGUUUAUAUAAUGCAUUAUAACACUAUAUACCUGAAUUCACUCUAUAUAUAACCGUAUACAGGCUUUAUAGAGGUGUUUUAUGUUUAUUUUUGUUAUAGUGAUGGUGCAUGGCUGCUUGUAGCAUAAGCUGACUUUCCAUACCGUUUGGCUUUUUACAUCUACCUGGCUUGAAACUGCGUUCAGCCAUGAGUGUGAAUGAGCAUGAGGUGUUGCUUCAUGUUCUAGUUUGAACAUUUUUCAUCCUCAUUAAACUCACUGAGGCAUGUCUGUGGAGGGAGAGAGAGAAAGAGCUUCACAUGGGCUGUAAGGACCCAACGUAUUUUCCAGUUACUCAUUUUGCUGUCCAGUUUUGUAAUCUACCCUAUUUUGCUCUGUAACAUGAGACAUUUAUCAUAUACUUAAAUACUUUAAAAAAAUGAUUAUUUCAUGUUAUAUGUCCCAUAAUUCUUAGCGUUAAUCGGUAGUAUUGCCAUCCAGGCUUGUUACAAUAGACCUUGACACAACUGUGAGAACACUGCCAGAGAUGUCUCGUUCACACAUGCAUAUACAGAAAUCUAUAUUUAUAUAUGUUGAUGGUUGGACCUAGAUGUCUGUGGAAGAGAAUAUAUCCGUCUGAACAAAAUGGCUGUCUGCUAUUAAAAGAAAAAGAAAAGAAUGAACUAGUAACAC